UAGUCUGGCUUUAGCUGUCGCCGCGGUCGCACGCUCCUCAAGUUUUCUCCGUGAACGCUCAGUGUUUACGCCAGUGUUUUCGUGUUUCGUGACUGUUUAUUGGCGUUUCGCACGUGAAUUAAGUGUUAUAAAUUGAGCUAUUGGUCUUCGUUCGUGUCGUCUUUCUACGUAGUGCCGUUAGGAUGUCGGCGUUGUCUGAAAUUUCUUUGCUGCAGAGCACCAUGGCUAACUCCGUGAGAAAAAACACCGUGAUUUUCACCUUCGAGAAGUACACCCGUCGAGUACAGCCUUCUGCAGUUGAAAUACACGACUGGAUUACCGAGGUGACGUGUUGGUGACGUCAGAGGCGAGCACUUGGCGGCGGCGGGUUCCCGGACGGCCGCGGGCGAGGCGAAGCCCCCGGGCCGGCGGGUGUCGAAUGUGGAGCAGCGGCCGGCCGGCCCGGUGCCGUCAGGAGGCGCCGUGACGUCACGGCGGGGCUGCGCGCUCGGCGCUCGGCGCUCGGCGGGCGGCGGUCCGCGCGGCGGCCGCAGUGUGUGUGCUGUUGGGAGUGCGCGCGCACGUCCGUCCGCCAGAGACGAGCACAGCCGACAGCCGAGAGUCGCAGAGAUGGCCGCGCCGCGCAUGUCCUGCAUGGAGGAGGAGAGCCUCCGCGAGCGCCUGCGCGCCGCCCUCCUCAAGCAGUGCGCCGACCUCCUGGUCGCUUCCGCCGCCCACGCCCCCCUCGCCGCCACCGCCUCCAACGCUUCCGCGGCGCCGGGGGCGGCUGGGGCCGCGCCGCCGUCGCCCUCGUCACCCGCCCCCAGGCUCAGCAGGGACGGCUUCCGACGCGCCUUCCUCGACAAGGAGUUGCUGGAGCGAGUAUUCAAGCUGUUCGAUCUGGACAGAGAUGGAGUCCUUCGGCAGGACGACUGGAUAGAAUUUCUGAAAGAGCGAUUGACGGACGAGAAGCAGAUAGACUUCGCCGAGCAGCUGGAGAGCGUCGCCUUCGUGCUGUGCGCCGAGGACCCCGUCACGCAGGACAAGUUCUGCCAGAUAUUCAGAGCCAAGGGGAUCGUCGACAAAUUAUUCCGCCUUAUAGACCAAGACGGAGACGGCGUUGUCACCACAGAAAAGGUGAUGGAGUUCCUCGCUAAUAUCACAAAUGCCAGGAGGCCCUCUGGAUUUGAGCAAGGUAACCUGGAAUGGCUGGAAAAGCUCUUCCGGCAGACUGUGGGUGACGGAGCAGAGAUUCGCCGUGAUGACUUCAGAAAAAUUGUCGUCUCAAAAAACCCUUUCUUUACAGAGCGGGUGUUCCAGAUAUUUGACAAAGACAACUCAGGAUCAAUAUCCCUGCAAGAGUUCAUCGAUGCCAUGCACCAGUUCGCUGGCCAGUCACCCGAUGACAAAAUAAAGUUCCUGUUCAAAGUUUAUGAUCUCGAUGGUGAUGGCUUAAUUCAGCACAGGGAACUGCAGCAUGUGAUGAGAGCAUGCAUGGAGGAGAAUGGAAUGAAAUUUAGUGAGGAUCAAAUUGAUGACCUAACUAUGGCAUUAUUUGAAGAUGCUGACCCAGAAAACAGAGGAGCCAUUACUUUUGAAGCACUUAAAAACCAACUGGAAAAGCAUGAAGGCCUUUUGGAAAAUUUAACUAUAAGCAUUGAUCGAUGGCUAGUGCCACCAAAGCCCAAAGCUCCACCUAAAUCACUAACAAGAAGGCUUGCGGCACUUGUUCCCUAUCAGCUGACUCGACCGUAUAUGAAGAAUAAUUAUGUUUAUUUGGUGUUUUUGAUGUUCGUAAUCAUUCUUAAUGUUGCUCUCUUUGUGUCACGAGCAAUUGAGUAUCGAAAUCAUAAUACCUUUGUCAUUUUUGCAAGAGCUUGUGGCCAGUGUCUCAAUUUUGACUGCAUGUUUGUGUUGGUGUUAAUGCUCAGACACUGUAUAACAUUUUUGCGUACAAGAGGAUUCAGUACAAUAUUGCCCCUUGAUCAGCACAUAUACUUUCAUAAAUUAGUUGGAGUAUUAAUAUUUAUAUUUAGUGUGUGGCACACCAUAAUGCAUCUCCUGAACUUCAGUCUCUUGGUUGUAAACGAUCCUGUGGUAAAUGCCAAUAACUACACUCUCACUGAAUGGAUCCUAACAAGUAGACCAGGUUUGUUUGGUUUAGUAGGUGGGGCUGCCAAUCCUACUGGAGUUGUGUUGAUCAUUAUUCUUUUUAUAAUGUUCAUAUGUUCUCAGCCUUUUGUCCGGCGAGGAGGUUGUUUUGAGGUUUUUUACUGGACUCAUUUGCUUUAUGUUCCAUUCUGGGUGCUAGUAAUUUUUCAUGCUCCAAAUUUUUGGAAAUGGUUUGUGGCUCCAGCUAUUAUUUACAUCAUAGAACGUAUACUACGUCUAGUAUGGUUACGAUCUAACAGAGGAAAAACAUACAUUAGUUCAGGUCUUGUGCUUCCCUCUAAAGUAAUUCAUCUUGUAAUUAAGAGGCCACACCAUUUUGAUUUUCAUCCAGGAGAUUAUGUAUUUGCUAACAUACCUGCAAUUGCUAAAUAUGAGUGGCAUCCAUUUACUAUCAGCAGUGCACCAGAGCAGGAAGAUUAUAUGUGGCUUCAUAUUAGAGCAGUUGGACAGUGGACAAACAGAUUGUAUGAAUAUUUUGAAAGGGAGCAAGAAAAGCUGCACAGUGUUGAAGAGGAUCUAACUGCAAAUAUUGUAAACAAAAAACUUAUCAAUGGAAAUGAUUUAACACCAGCACAAAAGUUUCCAACUUCAGCUCAACGAAAGUUAGAUAUGGAAAGCAGUAUCAGUAGUAAGGUCAAGGCUAUUGGAUAUAGAAAGGAUGGUGGAGGUGGCUACAUAAAUGAGAGCUUCACCAGUGAUAAUGAUAUUGGUCCAAACAGACAAGCUCAGCAUGUUUCUGAAGGAGACCUUAGCCUCACGCAUCCUGCUACUACUAAUGAGCAUCUGUCUCCAACACCAAAGAAGUUAUUACAAGAGAGGAAACUUCCCUUACUACUACUGGCAAGGAAAACACCAUUGGCAAAGUCGCUGUCAAUGCCAGAUAUGGAUAACAGAGUGAAAAAACGUCAACGACUUAUGGUGUUACGUGAGUACAUGCGCUCAGAAUCAGAAAAAAGUUUUGAUGAAUGCCAGAUGAGGCGUGCACGACUACAGUCUCUUGGUCUUGCUUAUCUGAGCCCUCAGAACAAGUCACUGGCACAAAGUUUUCGCUAUAUGCGCAACAAACCAACUAUCAUAGCAUUCAAGACACCAAGCUUGGAGAACUGUGAUGCCCAAGCUUCAGCAAUGGCUCUUUCAAUAGCAAGGCAAAAUGGCUCAAACAGUGCUCAAAGUCCUGAGAGGAUUGCUGAAGAAGGCCUAAGCCGUUCUCCUGUUGCCAGUGGAAGCAGUUCCCAACUCAGUUCAAUAGAGCUUGCACUUACACAUACACCAAUCAACUAUCCUGUUGGAAAACCACUUGCAAUUUACCUGGAUGGACCAUAUGGAGCACCCUCAAGUCAUAUUUUCAGAGCACAACAUGCUGUUUUGAUUGCCACAGGAAUUGGAGUCACCCCAUUUGCAUCAAUUCUGCAAUCAAUUAUGCACCGAUACUGGAAAGCAAGGCACACAUGUCCAAAAUGCAAGUAUUCAUGGGCAAGUGAAAUACCACCAACAGUCAUGAAACUCAGAAAGGUCGACUUCUUCUGGAUAAACAGAGAUCAACGUUCAUUUGAAUGGUUUGUGAAUUUGCUGUCACAACUGGAAAUAGAACAAGCUGAACUUGGAGGUGCAAUGGAAAGAUUUCUUGAUAUGCACAUGUAUAUCACAAGUGCUCUUCAGAAAACUGACAUGAAAGCAGUAGGACUACAGUUAGCACUGGACCUGCUGCAUGAAAAGGAAAAACGAGAUCUCAUCACUGGCCUCAAAACAAGAACAAAUGCUGGACGUCCAAACUGGGAUAAAGUAUUUAAGCAGUUACUGGAUCAAAAGAAAGGCAAAAUAACAGUAUUUUAUUGUGGGCCACCACAGCUUGGCAGGAUACUGCGAGUUAAAUGUGAUCAAUAUGGUUUUGAGUUCCGCAAGGAAGUUUUCUAACUGAGAAUUUUGUCUGAUACGAGUAACAAUACUCAGUCUGCUAUUAAGAAUGUAUCCCCUCCUGCAAGAUGUCAUUUCAUGCAUCUUUGCAACUGAUGGUCACAAAGUUGAUUCACAUUAAUCAACAAUAAUUUUUAUAGUUAAUAAAUCUCAAAUGAGAUGAACGUUAAGUAAAUACUGAAGUGCAAUAUUAAUAUAUCCAAGUUCGGAUUUGUUGCUUUUUAUUAUGUAAUACAGCUACCUGUUACUGGACUGUAUCGCUGAGUAUUUGAGAAUACCAAGACACAGAUGGUUGUGAUUGUGUGAUAUUUUAAAAUGUAUUAUUUUGAGAGAUGCAUUAAAGUCAGUUCUUUUCUUGUGGGAGCUACAUUUUUAUACAACAGUAUUCUGCAAACUUUUUAUGGAGGUUGAUUCUAACCUAGGAUCUAGUCAUUGUAUAUUGAACACUGAUAACUGUGCUUUACAAGACAUAUUUUCCAGAGUGUAAAACGUAUUUAUUUACUGUAUUCUACUUGGGCUUGGAGAGUAGAGGUGGAAAUUUUAUUGAUCACUGUUUGUAACAAUUUAUUUGCAGCAUAAGUAAUUAAUUUUUAUUUAGCUUUCACAAUGUAACUGUAUUGAAUAAGCAAUAUGCUUACUACAAGGCAUGGAUGGAUGGAUGGAUGAACAACUGAAUGAAUAAAUGAAUGAAUGUUGAAGUGAAAUUGUAAAUUAUCUUCCAUACUGGUAUUUAUGAAUCAUUUUUGUGUAUUAUUUAUGUAAUAUUUAUUGAGCUUGUAAAAGCAUUCUGUAAAACAUUUCUCAUGUGUUGUUCCACAAUUAUGUAUGUACUUGUAAAUAUAUAUUUCUGUAUA